AUGGCAUAUUAUUCAGAUAAUUACCAAUCAUUGACAGCGAUGACGGACUCCAGCAUCAAGACGCCACGAGAAAAACCUCAUCUCAUAAUCAUGCUGAAUGAGUAUACCAUAGCGAUGAAAAUCGUGAGGAAUUCAUCCGGACACAUGGUUGGGAUUGACGGAAUCGCUCCGGAAAUCCUUUACUGGCUGGCUCGUCGAUACGACUUUGAUUAUACCAUCAUUGAUUCAAAUCUGACUACCCUGAACGAAGUAUUGCCUGCUCUGACUAACUACAGGAAAAAAGGAGAUUGUGACAUGAUUCUCGGUGCCAUUUCCCAAUCGAUUGGCAUCGGACGACUUGAUUACUUGGAGAUCCCGCAUUCUUGGUUGCACGCAAGAAUCGCUUUUCUCAUUCCCAUGCCGGAAGUCUUGCAAAACAAUGUUGACGCUGUCAUCAAACCUUUUCAAGGAUGGGAAUACAUUCUACGAACGAAACAACCAUCAUCCUGCAGCAACACAAAAACGAAUCAGAGCGACCAAUAUUCCUACUUCAAAUAUAUGACCAACAGCAACAUUUUCCUAUACGUUAUAGGAACACUACUGAACCAAGGUAAAGGAAUUGAUUCCAUUAAAAAAAAUUUUGAAGUCAAAGAUCGCAAUCGUGGCCACAUUCUUUGCAAGAUUACUUUCUUCCGUCUAGCGAUGGGCGCUUGGUGUCUGUUGAUUUUUGUGUUACUCAACGUCUACAACGGAGUCCUCAUUUCUUUCGUGAUGGCAAUUCAUCACGGCGAGCCACUCAUCAAAUCCAUGGAAGAUGUGGCCAUCAACUCUGACAUCAAACUCGUUGUGGACAGGAACCAAGGCCCUGAUAUCAUAUUUUCGACGGCCAAAAACGGAUUGUACAAGUCACUGGGCGACAAAUUGCGAUCGUAUCCCAACUCAAGGUGCAACAGUACUCAGGACUGCAUCGAAAUGGUGAAAGCGUUGCCCCAUCGCCACGUUUAUUUCAAUACCGUAAUCGCUUUGAAAGAGGCAAUGAAAGCAGAUUACAGCCAGUCACGCAACUGUAACUUGAUUAUGGCUGCUGAGGAUAAGUCAAUCAGGCCGGGCAGUUUCCUACUACGAAAACAUAGUCCUUACCUUGAGGAAUUCAACCGCGGGAUUUUAACAGUUUGUGAUACGGGACUGAUUCUUCGUUGGGUCAACCAGUUCGAAGCGGAUACUAAACCUUGUACGAACGAAGGUUACCAGCAAAGAAAAGGAAAAAAUAAGGACAAAACAACGCUGAGGCGUUUAUCAUUAGGAAAUCUAGCGGGAGCAUUUGCAGUUUUGGUCAUCGGCUAUUUUUUAGCUAUUCUGAACUUUUUGUACGAAAUAUUCGUUUAUCGUUGGAGGAUCAACAGGAAAUCGCAGAAAUAA